GCACCUAUACAAGAUUCGACGUUUCCUUGUGGUCCUUUGCUUGCAGCAGCACUACAACGAGCCAGAGGAUCUGAAGGCCUUCGUGCAGGCUUAUGGAUAUACCAAGGAAGCUCGUCGGUUCCCUGUGCUCAUGCGGAACAUUUUCACUAUCCUCGUGCAAAGACACUUUCAAGGUGUGGAGCUGCAGUCUCUGGCAGAUUUGAGGGUGGGCACGGUGUGCUUGACUCCUCGGUGCGUCUGCUUGUACCAAAGAUCCCGGGAACAGUUUCGAAGUGCUUCUAUGACAGUUGCAGUUCGAGGCAGGCCUUUGCAAUGUAAUGUUCCAGAAUGGGUGGCAUAUUCGCUCCUGACCCGUGAACACGCAAGAGAGCAGGCUCAGAUGAGACCAAUUGAUGUUGCUCUCAGAUACGAGGUAGUUCCUCAGCCCAGGCAAAGGCUGGAAUUGCAGGGGCUCACAAUGUAUCAACAUCAUCUGGUGCAAUGCGUGACCUCCAGAUUGGUUCCUUUGGUCCACAGUGCUGCCCAGAUUGCCCUUACUGCGGCUUCAGAUUUUCUCCAGGCAUUGAUUGAUAGCUACGAUGAAUACUGGGGGACGGUUGGCGUGCCGCGCAAUUUGACGGCCAUUGCUGCUGCAAUCAUGCUUGACAAAUCUCUCCACAUCUACACCAGUAUGAAGAGUGGAAAGGUUACGCAUUGCUGGCACAUUGCAGUUCUCCUUUGUAUGUGCCUCAGCACCCAAAGUGCAUCUUCCAGCUGCGAGCGCAUCGGCAGCUUGCUCCAUAAUCUAGAAGACGGAGAAUCCCGCAUCUCCGCUGGAAGGAUCGCCGACAGACUUCGUUUGAAGGUCGCUGGCGUGGAGGCGAUUGGAGGAGCAAGAGACGAGCUCUUGAUUUCAAAUAUCGUUGAGACAUUGUCGUCUUUCAACAAGGACCCACUGAUCCAGAAGGCGGCCAUGGCAAAGCGGCGAAAGAAAGGGCAGGAGGUCACUGGCUCUCUCUCGAUUUCUGUGCGCGUCGAGAAAUCCAAUGAUAAGGCUGAAUCUUCCAUGCUCCCUUCAGUUUCGCUUCAGCGAGGGGCAGAAGGGGCUGAGGACAGCCUGGGUGGCGAGGGAUCAAUCAUGAUGAGCGACUUCGCCAAGCAGCUGCAGCAUCUGCAGAUCCGGAUUUUGGUGUUUGAUGACUUGCACCAGCAAUGCGUGACGGGCUUUGGCAAUCCUGGGCUGGAGGCUCAGUCUGCUUCAAGCAGCAGGGACAUGAGUUACCAUGAAAUUGAGAGUGAUGUGGGCCUCAUUCUCAUUGCUGAUGGGAUGAGCUUCAUCUGUGCCUUGAAGACGUUGGAGGCGGAGUGGAAGGCAGCAGGCUCACCUACCACUUCAGCUUCGUCAUCAGAACAACCCGAUGAUGUCACUAUGUUUGACGAGAGACUGGUUCAGAUCUUCCAGACCGGCCUCUCCUGUGACACCGUCAGUUUCAUCGAUGACGAUCCGGCAACAAGAACUGCCUGGUUCUCAUCAGUGCACGACGAGGAGUGUAAUCGUGGCCUAGUCUUGAUUUGGAAGUUCAUAAGUUUCAAGGCAACUUCCUUGUCGCAGAAGCUGCGGGUGGUGUCCACGGCGGUUACCCGUUCAAAUGGGGAUGUUGAUAAGGCAAUCACUUCUUUGAUUGAGCUCCUGGGUACGGGGGCAAAGUCCCGGGUGCAGAAGUGGGCCCGAGCAUACCGACAUCUUCCAAAGGAAUUGCAGUCGGAGCUGAUCAGGUUCGAUUCUGUCCCACAGGGGUACGUGUGGGACAACCAUUAUUUGAUGGGCUCUGGUGUUAACGGACGCCUACGCUUGGCUCCAGACUUGGCGAUCCAGGCGCUAGAGCUCGUGAAGAAGGAUUCUCAGCAGCAAUGA